UAAGGGCUCAGUGUCCGAAAGAUAAGACUUAUCGCGUGUUAACUCCCGGGCGAUGGCAUGACUCAGUGCUGCGUCAGGCCACAGUAGAGCUCGUAAAUGUAGGGCAGCACGGGCCGUUGAGCCUGUCAGAGCCUGCGAUAAGAAGAUCUUGCUCUCCCAGCUGGCUCUCCUGCCAUAUUGCUCUUUUCCCUCUCCUUCUCUGCUCUCCCUCCGUAAGAUCCAUACUCUUUCUCUGCUGCGUAAAGUACCUGCACUCACUCGAAAACCAAAGCAAAAAAUGGCUACUAUCACAACCGUCACCGAGCACGUCGAGAACCACGAGGGCCAGAUGGUGCCGAUCACCAUGCGCGAGCUCGUCCAGGUCCCGGGCGUCGUCCUCGAGGACUGGUUCGUCGACCUCAUCCGCGACGGAUACUGCAUCGUCAAGGGCGCCGUCUCGAAGGAGCACUGCGAGGAGUACGUCCAGAACAUCUACGAGCUUCUCGAGUCCUUCAAACUCGGAUUCGACCGCCGCGAUCCCUCCACUAUUCACAAGACCAAGCUCCCUCCUAUGACCGAGAAGGGAAUCCUCAAGGACAACGCCAUCUCGCACGAGGACUUUGUCUGGAAAGUCCGCGCCGAGCCCGGCGUCAUCAGCACUUUCGAGCGCAUCUACAACACCGAGGACCUCAUCGUCUCUUUCGACGCCAUCAACGUCUCUUUCCCCAAGCGCACGGAUGUGCCCAAAAAUGCUCCCUGGCCGCAUCAGGAUCAGAACCCCAAGAAGCCUGGCUUCAGAUGUCUGCAGGGACUCGUCAACCUGCUGCCCAACGGCCCCAACGACGGCGGUCUUGUCGUCAUGAAGGGCGGCCACAAGCUCAGCAACGAGUUCCACAAGCUGAACGACACACAAGAGCAGGAGGUCGCUGUUUUCUCGACCGAGUACUACACACUCAGCGACGACGCCGUCGCCUGGUUCGCCUCCAAGGGCUGCGAAUGGGUCAAGGUCUGCGCCGACCCCGGUGAUCUCAUUCUCUGGGACUCUCGCGCGCCUCACUACAACUGCGGCCCCGAGGGUGACAACCACCGCAUGGCUGUCUACACUUGCUACAUGCCUGCCGCGGAGGCGUCGCAGGAGGACCUCAAGAAGAAGAAGAUGUGCUUCGAGAACAGAUACUCGACCAGCCACUGGCCCGAUGUCCAGUUCUACAGCGACAACCACCCGCGCCGCGAAGGCGUGCCCGAGCCUGAUUCGGCUAUCCGCCAGCAGCCCCUGCACGAGCCCGUCCUGAGCGAGCGCGCUUUCAAGCUUACCGGAAUUCCCUACAUCAAGGACGAGUAAGCUGAUUGCUUUGUCUUUAGUAUUUUCUUUUGGUUGGUGUAGUUGAAUUCCUCUUUUU